AUGGGGUUUGUGGGAUAUCUGUCAUUAACAGAUAACGCUGUCCCGUCAGUGUACACCGUUGGUACCUCACAAAGUUUGACGCCUGUAUCAAGUGAUGUGGCCUGUCAAUGUCAUGCACCAUCUUUGAAAAAUGUGUCAGUUCAAACGGAAACCCACAAGCAGAAAAGACGGAGUAAAGCUGUUCAGGUGAAGCCUUUAGGCCACUCUGUUGGUGUGAGUGUUGGUACAGGUAUUGGAGCGCCGUGUCUCACUUCAACACCAAUUAAAAGGCCACGCAUGGAAGACACUGUGUUCGAGGAGAGCUCAACAUACACGUCAAACCAGUGUUCAGAUGUCACCUAUGAGCCUGAUGUCACUCAAGAGAGCAUUGAAAAGGUUUGCCAACCACUAUACAAAGCCAGGAAAUACAUGGUGUAUGAAGAGAAUUUGCUACAGCUGUUUCGGAAGUGUCAAGCAUGCUGCCAUACCUGCACAGUUGAGAAAUUUGUAAAUGGGACAUUUGUAUCCAUCACACAGAUCUGUUCACACUGCCUCCAAAAAACAAAGUGGAACAGCCAGCCACACAUCCAGAGUACACCGGCUGGGAAUUUGCAUUUGUCGGCAGCAGUAGCCUUCAGUGGGGCUUCAUACAUACAGAUCCACAAGGUACUGACAGCACUCUGUCUGGAAUGUAUAUGUCCCAGGACGUUUUUUAAUCAUCAGAAGACCUUUCUCCAGCCAACAAUUUUAUCGCACUGGAGGACUGAACAAAACACAAUGCUGGAGAUGGCAAGGCAUUAUGGAAAGGCCGUUGUCUUGGGUGGUGACAUGAGAGCUGAUUCCCCAGGACACUGUGCCAAGUAUGGAAGCUACACAAUGAUGAACCUGGAAGACAACAAGGUGGUGGGACAUCCAGUUAAUCCAGAGUAAUGAAGUGGGUGCAAGUCCACGAAUGGAACGCGAAGGUUUUUUGAGAAGCCUCCAGUUCCUGGAAUCAGCAGGGUUAAGGGUUGGUGCUAUCGUCACAGAUCGGCAUCCUUCGAUACAAAAGUAUCUGAGGGAGCAGCGACCUGAUAUCAAGCAUUACUUCGAUACUUGGCAUGUCUCAAAGGGUCUUGCCAAGAAGAUCGAUGCACUAGGGAAAGAGCGUAGUUGUGGAGAGGUUCUGGCCUGGAGGAGAAGUAUCAUCAACCACCUUUACUGGUGUGCAUCCUCUUCCAAGACAGGAGAAGAAGCCGUGGAAAAAUGGAAGUCUGUCACCAACCACGUCCAAAAUGUGCACCACCAUGACAGCGACUUGUUCCCAGUCUGCGCCCACCCACCUCUUGAGAUGCGAGCUUGGCUGACACCAAGCACUAAAGCUUGUGAACGGUUUUGCGACCUGAUGAUAAACCAGCGCCUCCUGAAAGAUGUGGCAAAACUGAGCCCUCACCAUCAGACCUCCUCAGUUGAAGGUUUCCAUAGCCUGAUAUUGAAAUUUGCUCCGAAAAAAUGUGGCUUUCUCAUUUGUGGGAAUGUUGAACAGGUGUGACAGUUUAAAUGUCUUUUAAGUUCAUAAAUAAUGCUGUAUGUGCAUCUGUCACAUUGUCCUAUAUUUGUAAAUACAUAAUUUAUCCACAUAAUUAAUCACUUUUUAAACAAC